UUUCAACAAGCCGUGCACACGACGGUCAAUCGAUCAGCAAUCCACAACGUCAUUGAAACCACUCAAUAACAUAUAUAUUCGGUCGGCUUUCGCUUCCAUGUAUUAUUAUAUCCUCCUUGCAGUUUCGGCGGCCAUUUUCAAGCCGUCAUGAAGGAUUUUGCAGCCAAAAUCAUUGUCAGCCUCGUCAGGCGAUGAAAGCUCCUCGACCUUCUUGAGCCGCAACAGUGUGUUGGCCCAUCGAUCAGCUCCAGUAGCUACGCUGUCUAGGAUGAGGAAAUCUGUGAAAAGGGUUAAGACAGGAUGCCGGACUUGCAAGCAUGGUCCGGCGAGUUAAAUGCGACGAGUCAAAACCCCAUUGUCAGAGAUGUAUAGUGUUUGGGGUCGUGUGUGCUGGCUACGGGCCCCUUGUGGACGUUCCACCAAGGGAGCCAAGGCUACAAACGACACAAUCGAAAAUACUGCUCCCAACGCUUGCAACUUUGCAAGCUGUCCCAAUAUAUAGACUAAACUGUGGAGCUGGAUUCGAAGACGAAUUAAGUGGCCGUUGCUUUCGUAUAUACCUCGAGGAGAUCGCAAGGCAGAUCAACGGACCAUUUCCCAAUCCGCUCUGGGCAAAGCUGAUUCCCCAGAUCAGUGAAAUGGAGCCGUUCGUACGAGAUGCAAUCAUAGCCAUUGGAGCCCUGGGAAAGCAUAGCAAGUCACAGCUCCCACGCAAAAUGUCGGGUCCUAGCUUUCAAGGGGACGAUUAUCAGUAUGCUUUGAAGCUUUAUGGAAAAUCUCUUCGAGGCAUGAGAGACGCUAUAGCGAGAGGGAAACACGACCUUCACAACGCACUCAUCGCUUGUCUCUUAGUGUUCAUUUUUGAAGGGAUGUUAGGGAAUCAAGCAGCGGCAGCAGUUCAUGCAGAGAGUGGGCUGAACCUACUAUUUAAAUUUGCAACUGGCGACAAUCCAGGAAAGUCGUGCAAAAUCCAGGCAACCUCUACGCAUCAGAACUUCGAAGAGGACCUCCUGCUGGCUCUCAGUAAUCUUGAUUUACAGGUUCUGUUGUUCAUCGACAGAAGGAGCAAGGAAACCCAUGAGCAAAUAAAAUUCUUCCAAACCAGCAUCAUUAGGAAUUUGCCAGCAGAAUUUAAAGACCUGCAGGAGGCACGGCACUUUUGGCAGAUCAUUAUGAACCGAAAUUACCACUUCUUAAAAUCGCUCCAAUCGCUGGAUAUGGACGUAUUACGGGAUGAGAGACUCUUAACGGAAGAAGGGUCGUCAAACAUGCAAGCAGAUGAAUUGCUGCUGAGCGAUCCUAAAGAAGGUCCAAUGACACAAAAUGAAGAGUGUCUUCGUUAUCGGAUUGACAUUGGUCGUUGGACAUCAGCAGCAGCUCGCCCCUUCGAUGAGAUCGCUAAAGGCGAGGAUGAGCGCGAGAAAGCUGGUGCGGCUCUGCUGAUGGCACAAUCCAAGAUCUCCCACAUCAUGCUCUCUGGAACUUUCUUCACCGUUGAGACUGCCUACGAUCUAUUCCUGCCCGAGUUCACUGCCAUCCUCAACCUAGCCGAAACAAUCUUACCAUAUCUCACAUCAGCCCAUCGGGGCGGAGAUCCACGCUUUUCAAUCGACAUAGGGAUCGUUGCUGGCAUCUUUCUCGUAGCGUCGCGCUGUCGAUUCGACCACGUGAGGGAGCGAGCAAUUGAAAUGCUCUUGUCGUGCAAUCUACGCGAAGGUACUUGGGAUGCUCUUGCUAUAGCCCAUGUUGCGAAAUGGUUGAGGAGCCUUGAACUGGAAGGACUGGCAGAAGGUGACCCAGUUCCCGAGGAGAAAAGAGCAGUUCUGAGCACCGUUACCAUGGAUUUGCAUAACAAGAGGGCGGAACUAAGUGCUAUCCAGAGAGCGAAAACGGGGGUUAUACUGAGAGAGACUUCGAUUGCCUGGUAGUUGAUUCAGCUGCUUCGCCAAAAGUGGUCGGUACAUUGGCCAAGAGUCAAUAUGAGAAACUGAGAAUGACCGGCAAUUGGAUCUGUGAACUAUGCUUUUAUUAUUAAUGUACAAGUUCAUGGGGAGUCUCAAGAUGCAUCACUAAGCCAGAAGUAAAUAUUAAUCCCACAAAAUGCAUUCCUCAAUGUACGCAAGCGCCCUGAGACAAGUGCAAG